GUCGUUUUUGCCGACGAGAAGAGAGGCACACGCUGCACGGCCUAGGAAGCGCACUCGGAGCUGCAAGUGUCCUCCGAUUUUGCCAAAAUAUACCCGAUGAAGUAUAACCGAGGGCCGAAGAUAGAAACAUGAGCACGAGCGAUUCACGGAGUUCAAAUUAAGAAUCAGUUCGGGGAAUUAUUUGUGAAAGUGAAGGGAGUUUGACGUAUUGUGCGCGAGGAGUGAUCUCUGCGUGGUGAAGUUCAAGGGGAGACGAGCUGCAUAAGUACAAAGUUCUUUUCUCGAGAUCAUAAGUACAUUAUUAAAAGACUCAGCUGCAGCUUCAUUGCAGGAUGGAAUCUCGCCUUCCAAAGCUGAAUUUUCAAUUCAAAGUACCUGCUAGAACUGUGACUGGUAGCGCAACAAUCAAUUCCAUUAAGUCAACAACUGCAUCAAAUGGAACUGAUGCAGCAGAGAGUGUGACUAACAAAACAUCACAGACUUUAACAAAAACUAUGAGUACAACAAGCAUUAAUUCGAAAUCGACAACAGAUGAAAAUAAAGCGCCAUUAACACGUGCCAAAACCAUGACUACAUUAUCAAGGACAAAUACUGCAACAGUGGCCAGGGGAGUGCAGAAGCGGCCAGGACUUGCCAAUAAUACUAUCGAAUCUAAAAGAGCUAAUUUGAGAACUACAAUGAAGGCAUCAGUAGCUAGGCCUGUUAGGCCUGCAACAGUUUCUGGUGUUUUGCCAAGGGCUGCAGCUACAGCAGCAACAUCAGCAGCAGCAGCAGCAGCAAAAACAGCUGGUCCUAAACCAAACAAAUGGGACUUUAAAGGACGAUUGGAAUAUACUAGUAAUGAGUUGACGGCGUUAAAGCAGAAACAUAGGGAAAUAACUACGGAAUACAACAAUAUGCAAGAUGAAAUUACAAGUCUUAGAGAGAGUGAGAGCAGUAAUAGAUUUAAAGCUGAAAAGUUGGAAAAGGCUGCUGAUAUAUUGAAAAAAGAAAUAGAAGCUUUAAAAAUGGAGAUAGAUACCCUGCAAAAAGAAAAUAGUAGUUUAGUUAAACAAUUACAAGACACUAAAGAUUUAUGCGACCAGAAUGCUGCAUCUCUAGAUAAGUGUAAGGAUGAGCUGAAAGUUAAAACAAAUCUAUUAACUGAGCAAGUUGAUGUAAUUACAGAAUUGAAAAGUCAGUUAGAGCAGGAAAAGAAAUCUAAUGAGAAAAAAGAAACAAAAAUUGAAAAUUUAACAGAAAUAGUUCAAACUAUGGAUAAAGAUAGAAGAGCUCUACAUAAUUAUAUUCAAGAACUUAAAGGAAACAUCAGAGUAUUUUGUAGAGUAAGACCAAAGAUCCCCAAAGAAGCAGGAAAAAAUACCUGUACCAUCAAUUAUCUUGAUGAAUGUACCCUUGAAGUAGGAAAAUUAGAAGGAGAAGCUGGUAACAAAAUGAAAACCCAGCGCCAAGAAUUCAGCUUUGAUAAAGUAUUCCCACCAAAUACAUCUCAAGAAGACGUUUUCCAGGAAUUAUCAAUGCUUGUGCAAUCUGCCAUCGAAGGCUACAAUGUUUGUGUGUUUGCAUACGGUCAAACUGGUUCAGGUAAAACUUAUACAAUGGAAGGAUUUCCUGGCACAGAUAAUGAGGGCAUGAUUCCUAGGACGGUCAAGCAUAUAUUCAAUGAAAUGAAGCAAUUCGAAAUGCUGGGCUGGGAGUACAAGAUUGAAGCAAGCUUUCUCGAAAUUUACAAUGAACAGAUAGUUGAUCUUCUCGACUAUACGCGAAAGUCACACGAAAUUAGGAUGGCAGAUAGUAAAGGAAGUGAUCUUUACGUUAGUAAUCUUCUAGUUCAAGAAAUUAACAGUCCUGAAGAAUUAAAUCAAUGUCUAUUGAUUGCUCAGGAAAACCGAGCAAUGGCAGCGACACAAUCCAACGAACGAUCAUCACGGUCCCACUCUGUUGCGAGAAUACGGUUGAUAGGUACUCACAAGACUAAACAAGAAGUUUCCAUUGGAAAUUUGAAUUUAGUCGACUUAGCUGGCUCUGAGCGGUUGAAGAACGAGGAAGCAGCGAGGGUCGCUGAGACAAAAAAUAUCAACAAGUCUUUGGCCAAUUUAGGGCAUGUCAUUUUAGCGUUACUUCAAAAGCAAGACCACAUACCUUACCGAAAUUCAAAGCUAACUCAUUUGCUCAUGCCUUCUCUAGGAGGCAAUUCCAAAACUCUUAUGCUUUUAAAUAUCUCCCCUCUAGAAGAGUCAUAUAAUGAAACGCUGAAUUCAUUGAGGUUUGGCAGCAAUGUUAAUAAUUGUAAAACAGGUACUAUUAAAAAGGUAAAGACUGUUUUAUAAAAAUCUUAUCCAAUUUGCAUUUGAUUACAUUCAACGCCGAAACUGUACAAAUUAUACUACCAAAGUUGGCAAGAAUGGAGUCUUCUUUGAGACUGAUUCUGACAUAAAUAUUUGGAGUAAUCAACAAAAAUACGAAUAUAAUUUGGUCGAAAGAAAAAACAAAUAUGAUUGACACGUUUCGCAUUCAAAGUCAUUGAAUUAUAAAUAUUGUUUUUAAUGUGUACCAUGAUUAUAGGAGAUACGGCUAUAUACUGUCGGUAUUCAUUACGAUUUCUCAUUUUUAUAAUUUGACUUAGAAAAUUGCUUAUGAUACAUCUAUUAUCAAUAAAGUUAUAAGCUUUUUGCCUGUAUAAGUUGUACAAGAUGAUUAAUAAUUUUUUACAGCAGAAUUAAAAAUUGUGUCUUUAUAUAAGAUUCUAUCAAUUUAAUAUUAUUUGACAAUCAUAACAAGUAGUUGUAACUUUUAAAAAUUAUUCCAUAUGAAAAUAAAAUAAAAGUAUUGCAGAAAAUUAUUCUGCAUGCUACAACGUUAUUAAAUCAUUUGUGAAUUAUUAUUAUAUUGUACAGAUAAUAUUAUAAAUAUAUACACUUAACAAAAAGAUGUCAAUUGAGGUUUUAAAAGUUGUUUUUUAAUCCAUAGUAAAUUGAGUAAAGUUUUUUUCAGGGUCUAUGAGAUUAUGAUAUAAUACCUUUUGAAACGAUUUUAGUUGACUUUAGACUGCUAACUUAGAGUACAAAAACUUUUUUUAUUAAAAUUAAAAAAUUACUUU